GUUUUGUUGACAGAGAACAGCUGAUAGAAAGCGAAGCCAUUGCUGCAAUUAGUGAAUAAGUGACUGCGACUGUCAUCAUGGAAGUCUCAGACUUGGACACGAAAGGGCAAGGCAACAUCAUCGAAUUCAUUGCUGUGAAGGAAGAGGAUAUUGAAGAAGCCAUAGAGGAGGAUUUCCAGGGAAUAAAAGAAGCUGUUGAAAAUACGGAUGAAGAGAAUUUUAUAUAUGUAAAAACUGAAGAAGAGGUAAAUCUAAAGCAAGAAAGUUCUUUGCCCGAAGUGAGCCAUCCUGGCAAGGAACCAGUUCGAAAUGACUCUGACACUUUGUGUGAGGAAGAUCCUUUGUCAUUAUCAGGCCCGUUUAGGGCUGAGGAGUGUGGGAAUGCGUGCUUCACAGAUGGUGAUCAGGCAUUGUACACGGGAGGUGAAAAAGUAGAUGCAAGGGAAGACGGCAUAGGUUGUGAGGUGUGUGGCAGAAUAUUCCACUGCAAGACGAAACUUUUAUGUCAUAUGAGAGUGCAUGCAAGGAUAAAGCCUUAUAACUGUGAAAUGUGCAUUAAGGUAUUCUCCAGUAAAAGUGGUCUAAUGAAACACAUGACAGUUGUACAUACAAACGAGAAGUCUUAUAUUUGUGAAACAUGUGGGAGUGUUUUUUCUGGAAAAUAUACUCUUGCGCAGCACUUGAGAAUACAUACAAAGGAGAAUCCAUAUAGCUGUGAGGUCUGCAGCAAGAUGUUCUCUCAGAAACAGCAUCUGGUGCAGCAUAUGCGGGUACAUACACAGGAGAAGCCCUACAGCUGUGAGAUUUGCAACAAGGUAUUCUCUCAGAAACAUCAUCAGGUUGACCACAUGAGAGUGCACACAAGAGAGAAGGCAUUUAUAUGUGAUGUAUGUAGGAAGCCAUUUGCUUGGAAAUGUGAUCUAGUUGUACACAUGGGGGUCCAUAGCACAGAGAAACCAUUUAGGUGUGAGGUUUGUGGUAAAUCAUUUGGUAUAAAAAGUUAUCUAGUAAACCACAUGAGAGUGCAUACAAAAGAGAAACCUUAUAGAUGUGAGACAUGCAGCAAGGCAUUCUCUCGGAAACAUCAUCUGGUGAAACAUAAGAAAAUACAUACAAGGGAAAAGCAGAACAUUUUGUCAGUAGUACUUUAGUUAGGCUAGUAAGAGUACAUGCCAAAUAUGCUGUGGGAUGUUUCCUUUGAAGGCAUUAUCACUAUGGAUAAAAUUUCCUCUACUUCCAAAGAGCUACACAAGAAUCAUGUUAACUUUGCUAGAAGAAUGGAGUAGUGUGUGUACACAAAAGCAACUCAGGAGUCAUUUAAUAUAUAUAUUCUAUGAAAUUCAAUUGGAAAUCUUUCAUUUGGAUAUUUAAACAAAAUAGUAUUAUAUGAUAGACAAUAGCAUAACAAAGAUGAACAAUGUAACCUUAUAACCAUAUACAAUAUAUAUAUAUUUUUUUUUUUUUAAUCAAAAUUUCAGCUUUACUAUGCAAGCUUCUUUCAGCUAUUUCUAGAUCCAUACCCUCUUUUAAACCAGGUCCUCCUUCCCUUGUGGAACUCUGAUCCACAUUUGCCUUGCUCCUUGGCAAAGAAUAUGCAAUCUUUUAGAAUCUUAUAAAUGUGUUAAACAAUCCAUUGCAGAUGUAAAAACAUCCUAGGGAGUGCAAAUAAAAUGUAAAGAAAAGGACAGCUGAGCAUCUCAGGCGGCUCUGGGACCACCGGCUUCUUUUUUGCAGGAGCUAUGGCCUUUGAUGUGUAGCACAUCUAAUCUCUCAGAAACAGCAUCUGGUGCAGCAUAUGAGGGUACAUACACUUUUAAACCUUUCUAUAGUGCUAUAUGACCUCUGCUGUCUAGCACAUUUAUUGUUCUUUGUAACCAUCACCCAUUUUGCUUGAGCUGAAGCAAAUAUCCUUGGGGAGCUGUAAGUUGUAACCUCAUUUGUAUUUAAUGUACACUUGUUCCGUGUGGAAGGAAGUCCUCAAUACACGGUGAGACUUGUGAAUAGGUUGUAGAGAGUAGGGAAAAUGUAUUCAUGUGUACUAAUUCCUUAAUGGAAAUUCUAGUCUACGUGUGAGGGAGGUCAUAUUACUGGGAUGACUGUAACAGGCGAAUCAACAGUGCCAUAUAAGAGAUGAAGCAGAAGUGUAGUGAACCACAACAGUCUGAAUAUAAUGAAUUCAUAAGGAAAUGAAAAUACAGUAAGGAAAUUAUAGUGAUGCAUUAUCAGUUGUGCCACAUAUAUGCUGACAUUAGUUCUAGUGAGUUUUAGUUGAAUUAUAUAAUGCCAAAAGUAUAAUUAAUAAAAUGGACAAUAAAUACUUAAUAACUGAAGUCACUAAAUCACUAGGAUUAUUGCAGUUAAAAGAAAUAUAAGCAAUGGUGCCCUAAAAUGUAAAAUGUAGAAAAUUAAUAAAACCAGAAAAUAAAGCAAUAUUUAAUUUA